AGCGGGGGACGGUGCAGCAGGCGCAGAGGGCUCUCGGGCUGAGCCACAAGGAUUUGAAGAUGUCUGCGUGCAGUGACUUUGUGGAACACAUUUGGAAGCCCGGCUCCUGCAAGAACUGCUUCAACCCAAAGAUUUCCCAUCAGCUGCAGACACCCCAAGACGUGGGAGCUUGUGGUGUGCUCCCGAAUGGAGUUAGGACCAAGCCUGAGAGCCCUGCCUUGGAAGACGAAGGUGUAAAUACCUCCCCCUUCUCAAAGCCAACAAUUGCUGUGAAGCCAACUAUGAUAAACUCAGAUGUUUCUGACGCGUGGGCAGAUGUGAAUAUGAAUGCAGAUCUGUCACAGGUCAGCUGGGGCAUGGUUUCUGGAAAACACCUCCUUCUGAAAUCGGGAGAUGCACAGCGGAUCUGUCUCGAGAAUUUUGGCAACAGUGGUGUGAGAAAGCCCUUCCUUCACAACCCACCGAGUGACUGUUUGUCUUGCUGCCCUCCCAGCUACUCCAUGGUGGGCCUGCGUAGCCUGGAGAGUCGAGUGGAGAGAAACGUCUCCAUCCACAGCCUGGUGCUUGUGGGUGAGGUGGGCAAGCAGCAGGACAGAGCCAAAGACAAGUUUGCCCUGCCCCAUCGUGCUGCCUGCCCUAAUCUGUCCAUCUCGGUGGACAGAAGCUCCUCAAACUCCAACAGAAGAAGCCCUUCUUCCCAAGCCAGAGAAGGAGCAGUGCUCCCCUCGGAAGGCUUUGAAAGCGAAGGGGGUGAGUAUUGCUCGAUUGCAGACUGCCGCAGAGAGUGCCCCGCCUCCAGGGAGCUGCGCUGUGGGGAGGGGAAAGGUGCCCAGUGUGAGAAGGACAGCUCGGCUCCCUGCCGAUGGAGGCAGCGGGAUGCUACGGAGAUUCCCAGGCCAAGCAGCAGGGCUGUCAAGUUCAGUGAAGAUGAGCGCAGGGCUGUGAACGUGGCCUAUUGUAUCACGAAAGACCAGGGUGAUCCUCUCCCCUAUGCCCUGUGCUCAGAGAAGAAAAAGCUGUCUCUGCAGCCUGAGCCUGCUGCCCUCCCCGAGAGCAUGGGGAGCAGCAAGGCAGCUGCCUUCGCUUUAUGCCGGGAGGAUGAGGACUCAUCUCUCCCUGGAGAUCCUUCUGACACCGAAGGCCCCCAGCCUGAGGAUCUGAGCACUCCUCAGCAGGCACUGGUGGAGCCACAGCCCCUUCAUCUCGCCCUGCCAGCCCGCGGUGACCCCAUCUACGCUGAGAGCACUAAGAGGAAGAAGGCGCAGCUGAAGGCAGCUGGUGGGGUGGCAAAAGCGGAGAAGCUGGUCUGUGGCCCUGGCAAAGAGCAAGCUGAUGGAAUGUGGAGGGAUGGCAGCUGGGGUUUGGGUGGUGAGAAGGAGUACCAGGACCCUACUAGCCAGGUGGCAGCAAAGAUAACUAUCAUGACAGCACACGCUGAAGAUGAUCACAAGACAAUAUUCCUCAGCAGCCCUGACUCAGCAGUGGGAGUUCAGUGGCCGUGCAUCAGCCCCGCUUCUCACCUUGAUUUUGGGGCUUCAUCACUUCCCAUUGAAUCUGGAGAGAUUUUUCAAGCAUCUGGAAGUGAAAGCAACCCAAGAUUUCACCUGGCAGCUCCUGCCAAGACCUCAGGUACUGAGAGUCCAGCCAUUCCCCCUAAAUUGUCCAAAAACAGCCAGCUGGGCAGUGAGGGGAACCGUGUGCCCCCAGUAAGCUCCCAUGUGGCAAGGUUUGGUGAUGACAGCAGCCACGAUGGAGCUGGUGUUCAGCUGCUGCCAUGGAGUUGUACAGAUACAGGUGCCUUUGGGGUGUCUCUUCCUCCAUGCACUCACAUCAAUGGAGUCUCUGCAGAGGAGUCCAGCAGAGGCCUGGCAGGCUCAUCCUAUGACAAGAGGCAGAAAUACUACACCCCAAAAUGGACCAAGCAGUGCCGGAUAGAGGAGGAGGAGGAGCAGGAGGAGGAGCAGGAGCAGUGGGCAGUGGGAGCUGAGAAUGGAAGAGCUGUUGCCAACCUUGUGGAUGAUGGUCUGAUGCUGGAGAGCCAGACUAGGAUCAGCAAAUCAUCAUCUUUCUCUUUUGAUUUCCCUAAAGACAAGAGCAAUGGCGUGGAAUCUGCACCACCACCACCGCCGCCGAAAAAGCAGCAUGCUCUGAAAAUGAACCCAAAUAAUGCUGACUUGGAGAGGGUCAGCAACAGCUCUGCCGAGAGCCUCAGCCCACCUUUCAGGAGCGCCCACGUCAGCUUCACAGCUGGCUCCACUGACAGCCUUGACUCGGACACGCAGACUGGCAGUGAUGGCAGGCGCUCGUCUGAGCUGAACCACUCGCCCCCUCCAGCUGAGAGCCAAGGGUUUCCCCCUGUCCCUCUCCUUUCUGCCUCCACUGAGGAUGGUCCCUCCUCUGCCCCCAGCUGCCCACCCCCUCUGCCCCAGAAGAAGACAGUGAGCAGAACAGUGUCCUCCCCAGAUGGCUUUUUUGGGGGACAUGCAUCUUCAGGCAGAGCAGCUGGUGCUGCCAGCCCCAGGCUGAAUUUCAGCCACUCCGAGAGCAAUGUCUGCCUCCAAGAGGAGCCUCCUUUUGUCUACCCAGCCAGCCUGGGGGGCCGCCCGGGUGCCUUCUCCUCCUCCGAGUCCCUGGAGAAAGGCUCCAAAGGAAAUGGCUACUGGGGCUCAGCCACCGGUAAGAGCACAGGGGCUUGUGUCCCCAGCAGAAGCCUCCAGUCCUUUUCCUCCUCGCAGCUCAGCGUGUCCAGCCAGGUGUCGUCGGGCUCCAGCCUGCAGCUCCACAGCCUCCUGAGCAACAUGGACAGCAAGGAGGGGGUGUACGCGAAGCUGGGGGCCCUGUACGCGGAGUCCUUGCGCCGGCUGGCGGCCAGAUGCGAGGACUGCUUCAUGCGGGAGCAGAAGGACGAGCUGCACUUCAGCGAGAACAACUGGUCGCUCUUCAAGCUGGCGUGCAACAAGCCCUGCUGCGAUUCGGGGGAUGCGAUAUAUUACUGUGCCACCUGCUCCAAGGACCCUUCUACGACCUAUGCUGUGAAGAUUUGUAAAACCCAGGAGUCCAAGGUGGCUGCUUCAUACUGCAGCCCUGCAGUGCCAGUCCACUUCAACAUCCAGCAGGACUGUGGGCAUUUUGUGGCCUCUGUCCCCUCCAGCAUGCUGCUGUCCUCAGAUGUGGGGAAAAGCAUGCCUGGCGAUGGCCACCAUCCCUCCCGCACUGCCAGCGAGCACGACUGUGUGGUGGUCAUCACCCGGGAGGUGCCGAGCCAAACCACCGCUGACUUUGUGAGGGACUCCGUGAUGCUGCACCAAGCCAAGCCUGAGCUGUACGAACGUCGUGUUUGCUUCUUGCUCCUCCAGCUCUGCAACGGCCUGGAGCACCUCAAAGAGCACGGCAUCAUCCAUCGUGACCUGUGCCUGGAGAACCUCCUGCUUGUCCCCUGCAAGCCCCCCAUGAGCUGUGUGAAAGCCAAAGAUGACAAACACUUACCCCGCCUCAUCAUAAGCAAUUUUUUGAAAGCCAAACAGAAGCCAGGAACUGGAGACUCUAAACUGAAGAAGAGCCAGGCCCGGCUGGCCCCAGAGAUUGUGUCAGCUUCUCAGUACAAGAAGUUUGAUGAGUUUCAGACUGGUAUUCUCAUCUACGAGCUGCUGCACCAGCCCAACCCCUUCGAGGAGAAGGUGCACCUCAGGGAGCAGGAUUACAGCCCUGAGGACCUCCCUGCUCUGCCCAGCUUGUCCAUCUACUCCCGGGGUCUCCAGCAGCUGGCCCACCUGCUGCUAGAAGCAGAUCCCAUCAAGCGUGUGCGGAUCACUGAAGCCAAGCGGAUGCUGCAGUGUCUGCUGUGGGGGCCCCGCAAAGACCUCACGGAGCUGCCCCUCAGCCAUGAGGAAGCCCUCCGCCAGGUGCUGCAGAACUGGGUGGACAUGAAGCGUGCCCUGCUCAUGAUGAAGUUUGCAGAGAGGGCUGUGGACACAGAGCGGAGCAUUGAACUGGAGGAGUGGCUGUGCUGCCAGUACUUAGCGUCUGCUGAGCCGGCCUCCCUCUCACACACAUUAAAGCUGCUGCAGCUGCUCUGACCUUGGAUGUGUCUUGGAGGCAGCUGAGGGCUCCCGGUUGCCUGGUGGCUAAAGGUACACAGCCCCUUUCUACAUGAGACGUUUGAGUCUCAGCUGCCAAGGCACAUUUAUCUCCUGCCCUGCACUCCCAUCACAGUGCACAAGACACAUUUAGUACCCUCCGCACUGUUAGUUUGUGAGCAAGCAAAACUGGGAAACUACCCCUAUUUGGGGGGGGGGGGUGUGUUAAACUCUUUUUUAAGUCCGUAGACUAAUAAACUCCUGCCUGCGUGUGUGC